UCUCUCUUUCCCUCCCUUUUCCUUCUCUUACAAACAGGGAGAAGUAGUGUAGUAAUUCUGCACCACAUUGGCCGCUGAGGGUGGUGUUUUUGAGUGACCAUUCAUGACUGCUCCUUGGGGCGACCCUGCCAGGGGUCAGUUUUGGUCCCAAAUGUUGGUGGCUUUGGCUGUUGUUGUCGUUGCUGUUGCGAGUAAUGUAGGUGUUGCGUCGGCUGAUAGUUAUGUAUACUCUUCACCUCCUCCACCACCUUAUGAGUAUAAGUCACCUCCACCACCUUCUCCAUCUCCCCCACCACCAUACGUGUAUAAAUCUCCACCACCUCCUUCACCUUCUCCACCACCACCUUAUGAGUACAAGUCACCACCACCUCCACCGAAACAUGAAGUGAACCCUCCAUACCACUAUAAAUCUCCACCACCACCGUCUCCAUCACCUCCUCCUCCAUACUAUUAUAAGUCUCCUCCACCACCAUCCCCGUCACCACCUCCUCCAUACUACUACAAGUCUCCACCGCCACCAUCCCCAUCACCACCUCCCCCGUACUACUACAAGUCUCCACCACCUCCAUCCCCAUCCCUACCUCCUCCAUAUUACUAUAAGUCUCCACCACCUCCGUCCCCGUCACCACCUCCUCCUUAUUACUACAAAUCCCCACCACCUCCAUCUCCUUCCCCACCUCCUCCAUACUACUACAAGUCCCCACCUCCUCCAUCUCCAUCUCCACCUCCUCCAUAUUACUACAAAUCUCCACCACCACCGUCCCCAUCACCACCUCCUCCUUACUACUACAAAUCCCCGCCACCUCCAUCUCCUUCCCCACCACCACCUUACUACUACAAGUCUCCCCCACCUUCUCCUUCACCACCCCCACCUUACUAUUAUAAGUCUCCACCACCACCAUCACCAUCUCCACCACCUCCUUACUACUACAAAUCUCCACCACCACCCUCACCAUCUCCACCACCACCUUACUACUACAAGUCCCCACCACCUCCAGUGAAGUCUCCCCCACCACCAUACUAUUAUAAGUCUCCCCCACCACCAUCACCAUCUCCACCACCUCCUUACUACUACAAGUCUCCACCACCACCUUCACCAUCUCCUCCACCACCUUACUACUAUACGUCUCCGCCACCUCCUCCGCAUUACGUCUCUCCACCAUACUACUACAAAUCACCACCUCCUCCAACUCCAUAUCAUCCCGCCCCUCACCCCCACCCCCACCCAUUCAUAGUCAAGGUCGUUGGUAAAGUUUACUGCUACAGGUGCUAUGACUGGAGCUAUCCAGCAAAAUCGCACAACAAGAAACAUCUCAAAGAUGCUGUUGUGGAAGUGACUUGCAAGGUUGGAGAAAAGGAGAUCACAGCUUACGGAAAAACCAAAAUCAAUGGAAAAUUUAGCAUCACAGUUGAAGGAUUUAACUAUGCCAAAUAUGGAGCUGAGGCAUGCAAGGCCAAGCUCCAUGCCCCACCCAAGGGUUCAUCUUGCAACAUUGCUACCGGUCUACAUGGGGGCAACAAGGGUGCCAUGCUCACCGUGAAGUCCAAGGACAAGUAUGAGGUUGUGCUUAAGGCUGAGCCAUUUGCCUAUGCUCCAAAGACCCCUUACAAGGAGUGUGAGAAGCCAAAGCCAAAGCCUACUCCAUCUCCUUACUAUUACACCUCUCCACCACCACCAUCGCCUACUUAUGCUUACAAGUCACCACCUCCUCCACCAUACUAUUACAAGUCCCCGCCACCACCAAGCCCUACCUAUGUUUAUAAGUCACCACCACCACCACCAUACUACUACAAAUCUCCACCCCCACCAGUCCACUCUCCACCCCCACCAUAUUACUACAAGUCUCCACCACCACCAGUCCACUCUCCACCCCCACCAUACUACUACAAAUCACCACCACCUCCAGUGAAGGCCCCAGCACCAACCUACCACUACAACUCCCCGCCUCCACCAUCACCAUCUCCUCCUCCUCCUUACUACUACAAAUCCCCACCACCUCCAUCUCCAUCACCACCACCUCCAUACUACUACAAAUCCCCUCCUCCCCCGUCUUCAUCUCCGCCUCCUCCUUACUACUACAAGUCCCCACCACCACCAGUCCACUCUCCACCACCACCAUACUACUACAAAUCUCCACCACCACCAGCCUACUCUCCACCACCACCAUACUACUACAAAUCUCCACCACCACCAGUCCACUCUCCACCACCGCCAUACCAUUACAAAUCCCCACCUCCACCAAUUCAUUCCCCUCCACCACCAUACUAUUACAAAUCACCACCACCUCCAGUGAAGGCUCCAGCACCAACUUACCACUACAACUCCCCUCCUCCACCAUCACCAUCACCACCACCACCAUACUACUACAAAUCUCCACCUCCUCCAUCUCCAUCACCACCACCACCAUAUUACUACAAGUCUCCUCCUCCCCCAUCGCCAUCUCCUCCUCCUCCCUACUACUACAAAUCUCCACCACCUCCAUCUCCAUCACCACCACCACCAUACUACUACAAAUCUCCACCACCACCAGUCCACUCUCCACCACCACCCUACUAUUACAAGUCCCCACCUCCCCCAUCUCCAUCACCACCACCACCAUACUACUACAAAUCUCCUCCUCCCCCAUCGCCAUCUCCUCCUCCUCCUUACUACUACAAAUCUCCACCACCUCCAUCUCCAUCACCACCACCACCAUACUACUACAAAUCUCCACCUCCCCCAUCACCAUCUCCACCUCCUCCCUACUACUACAAAUCUCCACCACCACCAGUCCACUCUCCACCACCACCCUACUAUUACAAGUCCCCACCUCCUCCAUCCCCUUCACCCCCUCCCCCAUACUACUAUCACUCACCUCCCCCACCAGUGAAAUCACCUCCACCUCCAGCCUAUAUUUACGCUUCUCCUCCACCACCUACUCACUAUUGAGUCUAGAAAGAUCAACCACAAAAUCGCAACGUUCAUGUUCUAGUUUCUCAAAAAGAAUAAAAGAAGGCACCAAGGAGAGAAAAUUUGGCCAUGAAAGAUUUUCAAGUCCAUUGAAUAAGAGUUUGGACAUUGCAUUUGGGAGCUACAAUUUCGAUAGUCCAAGCCAUACUGCUUCCAAUUCUUUGGUGGCCAUCUUACACAUUCUCUUAAUUUGUUCAAGUGGCUUGGGAAGAAAGCUUGAGAGCUAGUGGCUGUUUAAUUAUCGUUCAAUAACAUCUUUAAUUAUAUUGGUUUUCACCUAAUUUAAUUGUGCACAGAAAUGUGUAAGCGUUUCUAUUUAUUGUGGGCAUGCAUUUGUGAUUUUGUGAGACGGAUUGUUAGCUAAUAAAAGAAUUUAUAGAAUAAAUCUUAAAUUUGAAUAUUAA